GCAUAUACACAGACGAAAAAUGGAGAUUUAAAGUUUUAUAGGAGUCUAAGGAGAUGCAAAUGGCCAGGUGAGCGAUGCGACACAUAAGCUUCUUGUCGUGUUGGCAAAAGUCUUUUUAGACAAAACGAAGUCAUGUUCUACGCAUUACCUCCCUUAGAAAUCUUUUGAAGAAGGAGGUACGAAAAGUCAUUCCAGCGACAACCAUAUUUUACUGGAUUUCAUCUCACAUGAUGAUGAUGAUGGUUAUAUCGUUAUCAUUUUCUUGAGGAAGUACACACGUUAGUGCCCAGUAGGUGAACAGAUGUAAAGACUGUAGUAUGACGUGUAAAGAUGCCAAAUUUACUCCUCUAUUCUGGUUGACGAAGAGAGAACUGGGACACAAGGUGUCCAGCGUAGAAUCGAGAAGUUUCCGCGGAGGCAUAUAUUCUUCACUUAAAGCUGUUCACAAGUGGGAUCCACAGAAAACAGUAGAUUCUACGCAUCACGGGGGGAUUUUUAACUUCGAUUUUUCCCCCGAUGGGUCAUUGUUAGCUGCGGCUUGUGAGGGUCAAAGCAUCCUGCUGUUUGAUCCAUUCAAUGGACGCCUGAUUGGAGAAAAGAGUAAAGCACACACAGACUGUGUAAACAUUGUCAAAUUUCUCGACUGCAGACUCUUUGCCACAUGUUCCGAUGAUUCAACUGUUGCACUCUGGGAUGUAAGAUUUCUGAAACAUAAACUACAUGAACUUAAAGGUCACACAAACUGGGUCAAGAACAUUGAGUAUGACCGCAACACAGGCCUCCUGGUUACCUCUGGAUUUGAUGGCAACAUUUUUACCUGGGACAUCAACAGGUAUUCCGAGACAGAAACUAAAGGGACGAAGGUCUUCACAUACAAGCUGUUGAUGCGUUCCAAGCUUUCUCCAGACUCCUCCAAACUUGUUGUUUCAACGCAGAAUGGAUACAUAAUUGUUAUCCAUGACCUUGACCUCCUGACCUUGGCAGAUGACCUUAAAAAUUUCCCAGCCUAUGGGUCACCAGCAUCUUUUCCAUUCCAAAGAAAUCAGAGGCGAAACAGAGUGGAGUUGAUUCGAGAAUGGCCAUCAGGAGAUAAUGCUAGUGAUAUUGCCUCAUUACAGAUUCAUCCACAAGGUUGGUGUGUCAUGUCCAGAAAUGUUAGUCGAGACAAGAAAUCAGAGUGGACCUGUAUACACGACCUUCAGGAGCCAAUCAAGAGACGCGACUCCCAGGAAUUUUCUGUGAUGCCUCAUACUUCCUGUGGUCAGUCUUCAUCUACAUACACCCCGGCAUCCGCUUCCACAGCGCCAACCACGCUGGUCACCACCGCCCCUCGCACCUCUACCUCUCCAGGUGCGUCCAUUAGAACGCAGACAACGCCCUCUAUCAUCAUCAACCCCACCUUCUCGGAAGACAGUGCUAUGGGUACAGUCAGCGCCCCCUCCAUUGUCAUCAAUCCACCGACCUUUAGCGUGGAAGGUCGUCAAGUGGGAGACAACUCCCAUAGAACCGUAAGAAAUGGACCGUCUGCUUUAGUUAUAAAUUCCAACCCUUCUAGUGGAGCAGAAGAUUUCCAGUCUUCAGUGACAAUUCACAUUACAACUCAAGCAGGAACCUCCACUAGUCAGCUCGGGAGGAGAAACCUCUUAACCGCCUCAGACUUGUCGCCAUCAAGUUCAGUCGACUCCAAUCCUCAUCUGGAGUGGGCGCUGAAUCACCCCAGUGAUAGAGAAAUCGAGUCAUUGCUUCACGACGAAUUGAGUUCUGAAUCGAGUGCUGAUGAUAGCGACAGCGAGUUUAUGGCUCCAGAAGUUCGAAGGGGCCUGGACAGUUCGUCUGACAAUCCUCAAUAUCAGGAUCUAGUGGCUCUGAUUGUUCGGUAUGACGUGAAUAGGGGCAUUAUUGACGUCAACCACAGGGUACGAUUUGGGAGUGCUUACGAAAACCCGACAUCUCGGACGACGGACAGACUCUUGUAUUACACUGAAGAACCGAAUGUGGCCCGAGGAUUCAUUAAGGAGCUGUGCUUUAGUUCGGACGGACGCCUUAUUUGCUCUCCGUUCGGGUUUGGUGUUCGAUUGCUUGGAUUUGACCCAGUGUGUAGUGAACUUUGUGAUGUGGUGCCAAGUCAGCCGAUCAGGUUGUAUGAAGUUGCUAACUGCCUGUCACACAGUAAUAUUGUGGUCACGUGUAAGUUCUCACCCCGACAUUGUAUGUUUGUGUCGGGCUGUCUGAGCGGAAAAGUCAUGUUUCAUCAACCUGUGCUCUGAGAAUCUCAUGGAGACUUCAUGUUGUUGAGUUUUCUGAUUUGUUACAUUUUUUUCUCCCUUUGUUUUCUGUUCUUGAUUAGCCAUGUUAGAGGAGGAAUGAUCUAUGUUUACACAUUUGACAGUACUUCAGAACUUCAGAGAUGUUGUGUAUUUUAACAUUGUUUUAAUAGAAUAUGUCUGUAUUUUUUGUUUUGUCAUUGUCCAAUAUGAUUCAUUCCAACAAGUAAUUUAACAUAUAGUUUAGAAGGAAUAACACAGUACUGCAAAUGUUUCAAUCAGAACUAUACCAGACAUGUGAAAAUCGGAAAUAUAGUCUUUGUCCUAUUGAAAUUUUACACACGAGGAUCUGGUUCGUUCAGUAGAUUAAGUUGCUUUGGCAAUAAUAUGUAGGUCCUGCAGGGAUUUUUAAAUAAUUUUUUUCUCAAACAAUUUUUCACUUGAAUUGCUUUUUUUCGCUACAUGAGGUAAAAUUUAGAAUUUUAGAACAUUACCAUGUUAUUACACAUAUCCUAAAGUUCUCAUUCACGACAAUUUUAGUGUUUUAUUCUUUUAAACAGUCAAUAAUUUAUUUCGUUAUUUAGGAUUCUUCAGCUUAGUUCAAGAUUUAAGUCAUUUGUGAAUAAUUAUGAUUUUAUCCUACUAUAAAUUUGGGUUCGUAAUUAGCCAUGGAUACAUUUUGAGUCGGUAGUUGUGUUGGGUUGAUAUGAUGACACUUCCUUCUUACACAUUUCACACACACCAUACUGCACUACAACUAAGGUCAGGACAUUUAUUAUCAUACCUUGUCUAAACUGAUUAAGACAAUGUUAUAAAAUGAGUAGGAAAAAUGUGUGAAUGCUGUGGAUUAUGUGUUAAUUGCCAUGUGUAUGCUGUAUAACUGAAUGCUCCCAUGAUCCGAUAUUUGGGGGGGGGGGGGACAUACAUGUAGUGUUUAACUCAUAUAUCUGUAUAUCUAUGGCAAAGCGGUUGAAUAUCGCUUCAAACUUUUGAACUCAAGGUGUGAAGGCACUAACAAAACCUUUGCAAUGAUUUCAUGUUUGACAACUUUGACCCUUGACACUUAAGAGAUAGUUAUUAUAUUUCCAACAAUUUUACAUUUCAUAGAGAGUUCAGAUGAAGAGAUAACCCUCCAUGUGCAAUUGUUUGAAAGGUUGGCAAACGUCUCUUAUUUCAUCAUCAAAAUGUGUACUUCCAGAAUUAGAUGACUCAACCCCUCGAUUCUGAUUUGCUUGAAUAAUGAAAUGUGUUUAUCAUUGAUUACAGCUGUGCAUGGAAAUUUAUUUUUCUUUAUUAUGUACUGUAUUUUUUCAAUGUCAGUUUGUGUUCAUCAUAUUUAAUGAUUCUGCAAUUCCCAACAAUCACAUGUGACGUGGGCAGAGCCUCUAGUAAAGUUCUCACAUUUCUGGAGAGAUUUGCUGAAGUGUGUGAUGUGGAGCAUCUAUUUUGAUAUUGUACAGAGAGAUUGUUAUUUUAGUCGCUGUUCCGAUUGAUUUGCAAGAAGAGAGACAUGUUAGUGGAAAUCACACUCUAUAGCAUUCCUUGCUUUUAUGUGGAUUUCAUUUCCUUAUGAUAAAUUGUCAAACCAACAUCAGGUGAAAUUUAUAUGUGAUUAUUUUAUAUUUUCAAGAUUUAAACUAGUAUUUUUUUUUCAACCUAUUCCACUGUCAACUUUGAAUGGAAACACUUUGGAAUGUUAUGACUUUAAUAAAAUUUGAUUUUAU